GACGCCAUAUAUAUAAAGACGAUAUAUGAGCAGGAAAAGUAACCUGCAGCUUCUUGACCGCGGUCCAAAAGAAUCUCAGGCGCGAAAUAAAGUAAUGGAUUGAUGAUUUUCAGUUAUCACGGUUCCAUAAAAGAAAUGAGCAUUUCAGAGCGAUAUAUUUAAAUUGACGCACUUUAAUAGCAGCAGUGAACAAUAAAUUUAUGGAAAUUGCAAGAUCAAGGCCAGUUCAUACUUUCACGUCAAAACUCUUAAUCGAAAACAUAUUAGAAAUGAUAUCGAAUGACGUUAAUUGGCUGGCUAUCCUAAAAAAACUCGCUUCGAAAUUAAAAUAUAAGGUAAAAAGUAACAAACGUCAGAGGUAAGGGUUUUAAAAAACUAAUACCGGAAUACAUAAUUGAAUCACAGGAAAUAACAUGAAAAACUAAUGCAAUUAAAAUGAUUGCGAUAUUUUGCAUCAUUAAUGAUGUGUCCUGUACCGAAUGUGCAUUAUCGCGCUUCAAUCUUAUCGGAAACCGUUGAGUCUCUCGAGUUCCAUUCGCCAUUCGUGCCCCGUUCAACGCAGUCGCAUUUUCGAACAUAGUACCGAAAGAGCAGCAACGUACCUUAUUGCGAACAAGAGAACAAAAUACAUUCACGUGGCUGCCGAUAUUCCUCAAUAGUUAAUUCUAAUAAUCCAAGUGUAAAUCUCAUUUCAAAGAAUGAAGUGCGGAAGAAUUUCGUGGAUAUGGUUAUCCCUUCUAUCUUUAACAAGCUUUUACGUGUCAAUACAAGCGACCGCGCUAGACCCGAUAACCACGAGGAAGCUACUUCCAGUGUACGCGGUUUUGGAAAAUGCUGAUCUUCUAAAUUCCAGCAGAUGUCGGACCCAGAUAGAUGAAUUUCGAAAUGCGGUGGAUAACCAGAUACUUUGGGCCCUAAGAGCGUUGGAUACCAGUGGCGUACCAUCCGGAGGUUUUGUCAUCGGAAAUAAUCAUUGGUUAGGAGACCAAGAAAGUUGCAAACUUUUCUCUGAAAAUCGGACGGCAUUUCUAUCGGAGAAAAUACGAAAGAACAAUUCGAUAUACCGGAAUCCGAAUGAAGAGUAUUCAUCUUUUGAGUUUCGUUUCUUUAUUGCACGUGCGCGGCACAAUAGCACUGUGCAAUAUCAUAUAGAAGUGGAAGACGAAGAUUUGGUCACGCUUGGACUUUGCUUACCGGCGUCCUGCAGCAUAGGUGAUGUUGCCACUAUGCUUGAUAAAGUAUUUCGUAAUGAGACACUUUUCAUUGGAAAGCUUUUUAAUAUACACUUCCAGUUGAUCGAAGUCUCCGAUUUGGAGGAUGAUCAUCAAUGGCUACUCUCUGCGAAAAUGAUCUCCAUCAUGUACGUAAACUUCAAGCUUCUAAUUGAAAACUCGAAUUUUUAUCUAGCCAGAUAUAUAUUACAUACGUCGAGAUAUGCAUCCGAUAAAAUACCACCUAUGAACUUUAAAAUUCUGAUUACAGAGGAGUUUUGCUAUCGUUGUGUGCUAUCAUAAUAGCGGCCACAGUAUAUGAUGUUUUCGUCCAUCGAAAGCGUUUAAAUAAAGAAAGGGAAAAGUUUACGUUCGACAAUAACAACGCGAUAGCACUGAACAACGGAAUAGAUGGGAAAUGCGAAAUCAACUACGAGAAACCGGAACGCCCCGAGUCGGGGCAGCAGAAUCGUAUCAGCCAACACCUUCUGUGUUUUUCAUUUCUCACCAAUAUAGAGGAAAUAUUUAAACCGGAGAAGGGUGGUGAUAAUCUGCGAGUAUUCUACGGCUUGAAAACGUUGACAAUAGUAUGGAUUAUUCUGGGGCACGUAUUGAUCUACGCAUUUCAUGUUCUGAGUAACAAAUGGCUUGUAUAUAUAGAGGCUGAAGAAUUAUUCAUGCAAGUCAUAAGCAACUUCACAUUUUCGGUGGAUGCAUUUUUCUUUAUGAGUGGUUUUCUGUUGUCAUAUACAUUUCUGAAGGAACGACGAAAAUAUCAGGGAAUCCUGCCUAUAGCAAAAAGGGUGAACGAAUUUUUUCAAAGGAUUGUCAAACGAUAUAUAAGGCUUACACCUGCAUAUUUCGUCGUUAUAUUGAUAGCGAUAUUGAAUUUUACCUGGCAUCAUCAUGUCUCAGCACUUCUUCCUAUUGAACAUCCAAAUACUAAGUGUUCCAAAUAUUGGUGGACUAACAUACUUUACAUCAACAACUUCUAUAGGUGGGAUGAGCUAUGUCUCACAUGGAGUUGGUACUUGCCCAAUGAUAUGCAGUUCUUCGUAUUUGGCAGUUUUCUUCUAACUUUAUCCAUCACGCAUUGCAAUAUUGCCGUGGGUAUAGGCGUUGUUACGCUAGUUUCAUCAAUAGGAUCACUAGUUUACACCGGGUACACUCUUAAUUACCAACCUACAUUGGACGAACAAUAUAAGACGUUGACAUAUUUGUAUAUACGACCAUGGUGUAGAAUACCACCAUAUCUCAUGGGAAUGGCCACAUGUCACAUUCUUACAAAAUGGAAUUACAAAUUGCAUUUAUCAAAAAAAAGCUUAAUCGUUGGUUGGUCUUUGGCAAUUUUAUGUAAUUGUUCGAUUCUCUUCGGACUCACGAACAAGAACAUAUCCUUAGGUUUAUCCGUUCUUUAUUUGACACUUAGUAGAACAGGCUGGGCAUUAGGCAUUGCCUGGCUCGUAGUUGCAUGCACUACGAAUAAUGGCGGCAUCGUGAACAAAAUCUUAUCGCUGGAUAUUUUCGUCCCUUUAAGUAAAUUAACGUAUAGUGCUUAUCUCAUAAAUUGUAUUAUUACUCUUUCGGUAUAUUCGUUAGAUAAUUAUUCUCUCCUCAUCUAUCACACCAAUUUUAGCUAUACUGCCAUUACAAUGAUUAUCUGCAGUUUCACUGCUGCUAUUGUCCUAUCCGCAACAGUCGAAAUGCCGUUUAUAUCACUAGUCCGAUUGUACAAUAAUCCACCAAGAAUGAAAUAAACAUAUGCUAAUACAUA